AUGGUAAAGAGAAAGAGAGCAGCUAUUUUACCUACUAAUUUUGCUUUGUUGCAGAAUUUAGUAAGAAGAGAUCCCGAGUCUUAUUAUGAAGAAUUUUUACAACAAUACUCACAUUAUGAAUCUAUGAGAGAUAUCUUCCUCUUGAAUCCAUCUACUGAAGAUAGUGAAGAGUUUGCUGAGAUUAUAAACUUUAUGUCAUUUGUCUGCUCCUCGUACCCAAAGGAAACUGCAAAAUUCCCGGAUGAAUUAGCAACUAUUCUAACUAAAAACCACGCAGAACUAGAUCCUGAAUUGAGAGAAAAGAUUGUCCAGUGUUUGGUUAUGUUAAGAAACAAAGAAAUUGUCACACCUGAAUACUUAAUCAAGACAUUGUUUCCAUUAUUAUUUGCAUACAGUUCCAAUUCAGUGAACGGCUCAGGAUUUCAUUCUAAGCAAUUAAGGAGACAAAUAUACACAGCUCUUGUUUCUUUGUUAAAGUCUUGUAACACUGGGUCAAAGAACCAAAAGUUAAAUAGAACUACGCAAGCUUUGUUAUUCAAUUUGUUAGAUCAAAAAGAUGGAAAUGGUGUUUGGGCAACUAAACUCACUAGGGAACUUUGGAGAAGAGGUAUCUGGGAUGACGCUAGGACCAUUGAAUUGAUGACUCAAGCGUGUUUGCAUCCAGACCCUAAAGUCGUCAUCUCUGGCGUCAAAUUCUUUCUUGGAGCAGACAAAGAAAGAGAUGAAACAAUGGAAGAAAAUUCAGACGAUGAUGACAUCGAUAUGGAGGCACUGAAGCAUAAAGCACUUGUCAAUAAGAAAAAUUCCAAAAGAGCAAAGAAGAUCGAAAGUGCCGCUAAGGUUUUGAAAAAGAAGAACUCCAGCAAACAUUCCGCAACUUAUCUAAAUUUUAGUGCAAUUCAUUUACUCAGAGAUCCACAGCAGUUUGCUGAAGAAAUGUUUGAUAAUCACUUGUCUGGUAAAAAUGCGAAUAAAUUCGAUCUGGAUCAAAAAAUUGCCAUCAUGAAUUUGGUGUCAAGAUUAGUGGGUACACACAAGUUGACAGUUUUAGGGUUAUAUUCUUUUUUCCUCAAGUACCUUACACCAAAGCAAAGAAACGUUACCCAAAUCCUUGCAGCGUCCGCGCAAGCAACUCAUGAUUUAGUCCCUCCAGAGUCGAUUAACAUGAUGGUUCGUAAGAUUGCAGACGAGUUUAUCAGUGAUGGUGUGGCAGCAGAAGUUGCCUCUGCAGGUUUAAAUACUACCAGGGAAAUUUUAGCAAGAAACCCAGCUGGUAUUGAUGAAGAUCUAUUACAAGACUUAACUGCAUAUAAAGGAUCCAAAAGUAAAGCAGUCAUGAUGGCGGCAAGAUCUUUAAUUUCUUUGUACAGAGAUGUUGCUCCGGAAAUGUUAGCUAAAGCCGAUAGAGGUAAGGUGGCCAACAUGGAGCUCAUUCACAAUGGUCCAAAAAAUGUUUUACAGUUCGGUGCUCAAAAAGAUACAACAUACGGUAUCCCUGGUUUAGAGUUGUUGGCUAAAUGGAAGUUAGAGCAAGGUUUGAUAGGGAAAGAGGGUGAAGACGAUUGGAAAAUACCAGAUUCUGAUGAAGAACUUGAGGAAGAUGAUGAUGUUGAAGGUGAGUGGAUAGAUGUCAAUUCCGAUACUGAAAUAAAUCUCAGCGAGGAUGAAAAUGGAGAGGAAUUACCCAAGGAAAGAAAUGGUAUCAAGAAAAAGUAUUUGAAGUAUAUGAAGAAACAUAAGAAGCGGAAGGUUGCCUCAGAAGAGAAUGAAGAUUCUGAUUUGGAAUUGUCCGAUGAUGAAAGUAAAAAAGGUGAUAGUGGGAAUAAAAAAUCCAAGAAACAAAUUGCAGAAGAAGAAGCUAAAGCUAAGCAACUUAAGGCUAUCACUGAAACCUUAUCUCAUGUUAUGACGCCUGCUGAUUUUGCUAAGUUGAAGGAGUUAAAUGCUGAGGCGGGUUACGAGAAAGUUACGGGACAUCAACUACGUAAUGAAGAUAAUAUUGAAUCUUCUGAUUUAGUUUAUGCUGACAAACGUAAGAUGAAUAAGGAAGAGAGGAUAGCAAGUAUUAUGGAAGGUAGAGAGGACAGAGAGAAGUUUGGUUCCAGAAAAGGUAAGCGUGAAAAGGAGCACUCUACUACAAACAGAGAGAAAGAGAGAAAGAAGAAUUUUGUUAUGAUGAUCCAUAAGAAGUCCGUCCAGGGUAAAAAGAAGAUGUCUCUUCGUGACAGACAGAAGGUUUUGAAAGCACAUAUUACUCGACAGAAAAUGGGCAGGAACUUGAACAGAUGA